AUGGAAUCAUCACAAGAGAAAGCAAGAUCAGAUACAGGUGACAACCGAACCACUAAUCUUUGGUGGUCUGCUGCUUCCAUUAUCGGCUCCGGCAUAGCUGUCAUGUGUCUGGGCUCAGUUUCUUGGUCUAAAACUUUUGAAGUUUCGUCGCUCAUCAUGGGAGCAACGUGUUUACUAUUUAUCUUGGGAAUUUUCUGGUAUUAUCCUGAAGAAAAACCCCCAGGAAGCCCUCUCACUGCCAUUUAUAGGGUCUUUAGGGCGGCUAUUAAGAAGCGCAAAUUGUCAUACCCUUCUUCAGAACAGGGUUAUAACAAUGAAGGUUCAAAAGAUUCAGAAGAUUCCUUGUACGAGAGAGAAAAUGAUAAGGUUCUCUUGUUGCCUCGUGAUCCCUCAUUUUUGUCGUUCUUGGACAAGGCCGCUAUUAAGAACGCAAAUGAAGAACAGGCUUGUACGGCUGAGCAAGUGAGGGAUGUCAAGAGCCUUUAUGCCAUCAUGCCCUUGGGGCUCAUAUUCUCCAUGUACAUUGUGGUCUCUGCCUCAGGAAACACAUACUUUAUUCUGCAAACAAGCAACUUGGAUUCUCGUGUUGGCAGUUUAAACUUUCCUACCAUGGUUUUCUUCGUACUCAGAUCUUUGAUUGCUUUUGGGGUUCGAACAAUCCAAUCAAGAUAUAAAUUGAAGAGCCCACUUUGCAGUAUGGCUGUUGGAAUGUUUUGUUCAGGACUUUGCUGUAUUGCGGCUUGGCAAGUGGAACGUCGUAGGCUGUCUCUAGUUAAGUUUCUGGAAAAACCAGAUGACGACAUUCCCAUGAGCAUCAUGAUUUUAAUUCCACAGUAUUUUCUGCUAGGGCUAAUGAAAGAAUUUGGAGAAGGCGGACUACAGACUUUCUUGCGUGACCGGGUGCAUUCUGAGCCAAUGAAAAAAUUUGUGGGUCCGUGCAUUGAAAUGUUGAUGGGCAUUGGGAAAUGGUUCAGCAUUCUACUUGCAUUGAUAUUUCAUAGGUGGAUCAAGGAUUCGAUAAACCACAGUCGUCUGGAUAAGUAUUUUCUGGUGUUGGCAUUACUAAGCUUCGUGUAUCUUGGGAUUUAUGUAUUGUAUGCCAAGUUCAAGCUCCAGAAGCCCCUCGUAAUUCCAGAAACUAGCGAAGGGAUUAAUGUUGUGUGUUAUCAGCUCAGCUGCGAAGUAAACUCAGUGUAA